AAAUAAGAAAAUGGAAAGCAACACUGAGCUAAUGAAAGCUUAUACAAAGACUAUUUUAUUAGAAAAGAAGAAAAAUAAGGAUAACCAAGUAGGAGGCCACAUGGCAGACCAUGUAACUGACGACUAUGGAUACCCUGAGGAGUGCUUCUACGAUAUUGAUCCUGGGGUUUAUGACUACAUAAUCAAAUGAGUCGGAGGGGUCACUCCACAGCACAACAGAGAAGUUGAAUCGGUUAACAGUGAGGACCUCCCUCUAUACGAAAACAGAUAUUUCCAUAUCAACACUUCUAGGAAGUUCGAAAUCAUUGGCAGCAGUCAGAGAGAAGAGGAUCAAUGUACUAUUUGAAUCGAAAAUGCCAAUCUCAAGCCUGCUCAUUGAGAAAUUAAGCUGAUAGAAGCUUAUAAUUACUAUAUCAUGGAAAAGGACAGUGAUAUAGAUGGAAACCAAAUCAAUUCUUCUCCAGAAGAUAGAGUCUUUAUCAGGGUUCCUGAGGAAGGCAUCGACCUUUAUGAAAUUAGAGAGAAUAAAGUUGAUGGUGACAAUAGAAUACUCAGACUUGGUGAUACCUAUGUCACUUUGAAAAUGACUGAAGAGUAUUUUAACGAAGUUGAUACAUGGAUCAAGAGUAAUAACCUUGAGAAAAUCCAACAUUUAGUUCAAGAAGCUAACAUCAGUAUCAUUAAAGACCUUAAAUUGCAGGCAGAAUCAAUAAUGGGAGCUGCCAUUAGCCAAAAUAUCAUCAGCGAUUUUGAGGAGUCUAAAAAGAUAAGAGAGUUGUUCUAUGAAAUCAAACCUUCUCGUCUUUCAAAGAAAAAGAAGCAUAUGCUUCAGUUGUACUUCAACGACUCAAAUGUCAAGCUUGACUUAGAUGGGAGUGACAAAUUUAUGAAAAUAUUGGAUCCUUCACAUCCAAAAGGGAUACAAGAUAACAUUGGAUCAAACAUUUUUCAAUUAGAAGAGGAAGCCAAACUCAAGCAUAUUCUUGGGAAAGAUACCCUUGUCGAAGAUGUCAAAGCUAUUGUUCCAAAUUCUUAUAACCCAGAAAAGGAAAUUGAAGCAGUGAUUGAAUAUAAGAGAGGAUCUUGGUGGCUCAAAGAUCCUAAUCAUAAUGAAAUGAAUGGGGUAUACACAAUGCUUGAGAAAGACCAGAAACACAUCCUCGUCCCUGGUGAUCAAUUCAAAGUCGGUCAUCUAGAAUUCCGCCUAGAGAGGUACAACACCAGUGUAAUUCAGCAUGCUAAAGGAAGCCAUGGUUCAGAUGACACAUACACAAUUAUUCAGGAUAUGAAGAUUGACCAAUACAUAAAAUGCAGUUUCUUUGCAGUCUAUGAUGGUCACGGUGGUUCUUUCUGUGCCAAAUAUCUCAAGGAGAACUUCCAUAAAGUCUUGAAGGAGAAGCUGACUGAUAGGUUUGAUGGCAUCAAAAAUAGUAAAAACAUUGCGAAGAGUAUCAAAUAACAUCUUUGAAGAUACAUGCUAUCAUGUUGACAACGAAUUCAUCAGGAAAUAUGAAGCCAAAUCUAAGAACUGCGGCUCAACUGCUGCUUGUGUUCUGAUAAUUGGGGAUCGGAUCUACUGAGCAAAUGUUGGAGAUGCCAGAGCAAUCAUGUCUAUUGAUGGCAAGCCUUUAGAGCUCAGUUGGGACCAUAACCUAGCUAGAGAGGAUGAGAAGAGGAGAAUAGAAGAGAGUGGAGGACUGGAAGUUGGAAGAGUACAUGGUAAGCUCUCCAUUACAAGAGCUUUUGGAGAUUCCGCCUUUAAAAGUCAAAAUACAUUUAAUUGACUUGAUUACAACACUGUCUUGGUCACUCCUGAGGUUAGAGAGCAUCUCAUGGAUCCUUUCACUGAUGAAUUUAUUGUUGUUGCUAGCGAUGGAUUGUAUGACGAACUGGAGUCGCAACAAGUCGUUGAUUUUGUAAGAGAGAAAUACAAAUACACUCCUGAAGAUAUUUGACAUGAGCUUCUUGAUGAAGUGCUUAACAUUAGAGAAAAGGAGGAUGAUAUCACAAUUAUUAUUGUAAAAUUGCAGAGGCAUUUAUCAUAUCUAGAAUAA